AUGAAACCUCUUCACUCAGGCGGCGCCGUCCUGCUGACGGCCAUUGCCUCUUACGCUGCUGUCUCGCACGCCGCGCCAUCUGAAUAUGGAGGCAAAUAUUUCUCGGGAGACCUCGUCGAGGCCUCGCCCUUCCAGCUGGUCGAGCGGGCCUUUGAACUCGGCAGCUGUCGUGCCUGGUCAAAAUCGAACGCCUGGGAUACCUGCCAGGACUACCUCAAGCGAUACAGCUUGACCAUGGCCCAGUUCUACAAGCUGAACCCGACUGUUCAGUCUGACUGCUACGCGUUCGUGCCUGGAGAGACCUACUGCCGCAGGACGAAUGCCGAGAUCCCCGUGUCCAAGGACGGUGGGUGCGGACUGCGCACAGGGAACAACGUCACCUGCAUCAACUCUGAAUUUGGAGACUGUUGUGGUGCUGAUAACCGUUGCGGCUCUACAGACGCUUCCUGUGCCAUCGGAAACUGUCAGGAAGGAAACUGCCCAGGUCUUGGUUACAGUUUCAACGGGUCUUGCGGUAAAGACUUUGGCUUUCUGGAGUGCGGCGGGAAAUGGGGCAAGUGCUGCUCCAACGCAGGAAAGUGCGGCAGCACUGCAGCCGAGUGUGGUGCCGGCAAAUGCCAGUCCGGCGCAUGCGAUGGUUCAGCAGUAACGACAUCAAAAGCACCAGUCACCACCGCCACUGCGACGUCUACAAAGCCCGCACCCACGCCAUUCACCCCCAGCCCUGACGGAACAUGCGGCUACGACAACAAGUACAAGUGCACCGACACAAAGUACAACUAUGGCAACUGCUGCGGCGCUGCGGGCUACUGUGGUCUCUCGGACUGGGAGUGCAGCAACCUCCAAGGCUGUCAGUCUGAGUACGGUUUUUGCGAUACAACGGUUCUCGUCAGCGGUGCCCCCAAGACUACGUCCACGUCUCCCGUCACCACGACGCAACCAACGACGACAAGCACUUCCAAGCCCGUAGCCGUCCAGAAGUCUGGCUCCUACGAGCUGGUAGGUUGCUGGAACAGGCCUCCUAACGCUCGUGCCCUCAGCAUUUCCUAUACGGAUGACUUGAUGACGGUCGAAAAGUGCCUCGCCAAGGCCGCGGGUUACGCAUACGCCGGUGUCGAAUUCGGCAAGGAGUGCUGGUACAGCAACACCAUCGACGGCGGUUACUCUGUCGACCUCUCCGCGUGCAACAUGCCCUGCCCCGGAGCCCCCGACAAGCAGCUCUGCGGUGCCGGUAACCGCAUGCUCAUGUACAAACUACCCGGAAACACGGUGCCUCAGCCCACCCAGCCGGCUCAGAUAGUCGUGGGCACCAGGGUCGCUUUCCGCUGGUACUAUGUCGAGUGCCGCACCGAUGGCAGCGCAAGCCGAUCAUUGACGGGCGCCCAAUACUCACAGGCCAACAUGACGUUGCACGAAUGUGCUAACCUCUGCCUUGGCUUUGACUACUUUGGAGCCGAGUUUGGGAAAGAAUGUUACUGCGGAGACACUUUCGCUGCUGGAUCCACCGUGUCAGCGAACGACUGCACCUUGACCUGCGUUGGGAAUCGGGAUCAGUACUGUGGUGCAGGCAACAGAAUGUCGGUAUACCAGAACAGAUAA